UCUCUCUCCCUCAGCCCCCCUCUCUCUAUCUCUCUCUCUCUCUCAGUCCUCAUCUGCACCUCAGCAGAGUAACAUGUUGCCUCGUCGCAGCCACGACGCUGAGCGGUGAGCAGAGUCUGGCUGCUUUCUAUCUCACUGACCAAACAUAAAGAGCAAACAAGAAGCAGGAACAAGACGAAGGGAAGUGUAGUCUCCUCACUUCAUUGCCUGACCACCUUCUCUGAGAGGACGAGGAGGAGGAAGAGGAGGAAGGAGAGGAGCAAGUGGAAGAGAAGGAGGAAGAUCAGCAUUCACGCUGUCCUGGCUCAGUUUGUCACCUCGGGCAGGAGGAGCAGCAGAGGAUGCAAGCGCCGGCAAGUUGGCCCUCUUUCACUCAGCUGUCCAUCCACCCGUUACAGCUUUAGCAAACUUUUUUAAAAGAAGAAGAACAGGAGGACGAGGAGGACUUUUUAGGGGGGAGGUGGAGGAAGAGGAGCAGGAGACAAAGCAUCCCUCACCCCAAAUCACUUCUCUGUGCACUUAGUUGUUUUUUUUUGGUCAGCAAAGAGCAGGAGCAUCCAUCCAGAGGCAGCUACCCAUGUGGCAGGAGGCUCUGUGGACCCGCGGACGCUACCUGCUGGAGAAGAGCGAUGGCGGCGAGGGUGGCGAGGGGCCCGAGGGGCUGGGGGACGGCUGCCCGGGGUUCCAGAGCGAAGUGUGCGUGGAGGACGAGAAGCCACAGGACUGGCUGUAUGAGUCCUACUACAGAAUGAGCCAGCAGCAUCCGCUGAUCGUGUUCCUGCUGCUGAUCGUCAUGGGAACCUGUCUAGCACUGCUGGUGGUGUUCUUCGCUUCAGAACUGGUGAACUUAUUAGGUUUGCAGUUAAUUGACCGCAUUGCUAAGAUGUUAAAAAUCUCUCUUUGUUUCAUCCUGGUCUGCAUCGAGUCCGUCUUCAAGCGGAUGCUCCGCCUCUUCUCUCUUCUUAUAUGGGCCUGCCUGGUCACCAUGGGUUACGUGUUCAUGUUCUCAGGAGGGAUACUCAGCCCCUGGGACCAGGUGUCCUUCUUCCUGUUCAUCGUGUUUGUUGUGUACACCAUGCUGCCCUUCUCCAUGAGAGGGGCCAUUAUCGCCAGUGCCAUCACCUGCUUCUCACACACCAUCACCCUCAGCGUCUGUCUGGCCUCCACCGUCAGAGAGCUGGAGACUUUAGUCUGGCAGAUCUUAGCCAACGUGAUCAUCUUUACUUGUGGUAACCUGGCCGGGGCGUACCACAAACAUCUCAUGGACCUGGCGCUCAAACAGACCUACCAAGACACCUGCAACUGCAUCAAGUCCCCCAUCAAACUAGAGUUUGAGAAGCACCAACAGGAGCGUUUACUCCUAUCCUUGCUGCCGUCUCAUAUAGCCAUGGUGAUGAAAGCCGAGAUCAUCCAGAGGCUCCAGGGACCGAACUUUGGCCGAACUGAGAGCACCAACAACUUCCACAACCUCUACGUGCAGCGGCACACCAAUGUCAGCAUUCUGUAUGCUGACAUUGUGGGCUUCACCAGACUGGCCAGUGACUGCUCUCCGGGUGAACUUGUGCAUAUGCUGAAUGAACUCUUUGGCAAGUUUGACCAGAUUGCAAAGGAAAACGAGUGCAUGAGAAUCAAGAUCUUGGGAGAUUGUUACUACUGUGUGUCUGGUCUGCCUGAAUCGCUGCCUCACCACGCCAGGAACUGCGUGAAGAUGGGCUUGGAUAUGUGUGAGGCCAUCAAGAAGGUCCGAGAUGCCACUGGAGUUGAAAUCAAUAUGCGUGUUGGCGUUCAUUCUGGGAAUGUCCUGUGUGGUGUGAUCGGCCUCCGGAAAUGGCAGUAUGAUGUGUGGUCACAUGAUGUAACGCUAGCCAAUCACAUGGAGGCAGGAGGGGUGCCAGGGAGGGUCCACAUCUCUUCAGUGACGCUGGAGCAUUUGAAGGGUUCAUAUAAGGUUGAGCCUGGAGACGGACAGUGUCGAGACUCUUAUCUGAAAGAACAUGGAGUGGUCACUUACGUCGUCAUUAACCCUAAGACUGAGAGGCACAGCCCUCUGCUGGGUGUGCGCUCUCGUCCCUCGAUGGACGGCGGUAAGAUGAGGGCGUCUGUCAGGAUGACCCGCUACCUGGAGUCCUGGGGCGCCGCCAAACCCUUUGCUAACCUUCACCAUCGAGACAGCAUGAGCACGGACAACGGCAAGAUCAACACCACUGAUGUUCCAAUGGGGCAGUACCACUUCCAGCGAAGAGAAAGGUCCAAGUCACAGAGGAGGAGGUUUGAGGAGGAACUCAACGAGCGGAUGAUUCGCACCAUCGACGGCAUCAACUCGCAAAAACAGUGGCUGAAGUCUGAGGACAUUCAGAGGAUCUCAUUGUUCUUUCACAACAAAGCUCUGGAGAAAGAGUACAGAUCCACAACAUUACCUGCCUUCAAGUACUAUAUCACCUGCGCCUGCCUCAUAUUCUGCUGUAUAUUCAUAGUGCAAGUCCUUGUCUUGCCUAGAACUGCUGUGCUGGGGAUAUCCUUUGGCCUGGCAUUCCUGCUGUUGGCUUUGAUCCUGCUCCUCUGCUUCGCUGGUCACAUUCUGCAGGGAAGGAAGGGAUCCCUCUGCUCUCUUUCCUGGUUCCCCACUUCCUCCCACAUCAUUGUCACCAAUAAUCCCUGGCUACGAUUGGUCCUCACCAUGACAACCACUGCUCUCAUAUUGGUGAUGGCCAUCUUUAAUAUGUUCUUUGUGGAGGAUCCUGGAGGAUCCAUGGAAGAGGUCCCUACAGCUACUCCACCUGUGAAUCUAACCUAUCAGGAUGAAACAGUAAAAAAGAUGUUUUACCUGCCAUACUUUAUCUACUGCUGUAUACUGGGUCUGGUGUCGUGCUCGGUGUUCCUGAGGAUCAACUACGAGCUGAAGAUGGUGGUGAUGCUUGUUGCCGUGGUGAUCUACAACAUCAUCAUCCUCCAGACGCACGCCUCCCUGCUGGAUGAAUUUAGCAAAGCGUUGUACCUGACCGAGACACCGGACAGACCAGGAGUCCUGAAGGAUCUGAAGACAAUGGGCUCUGUGUCUCUCUUCAUCUUCUUCAUCACCCUGCUGGUAUUAGCCAGGCAGAAUGAAUAUUACUGUAGGUUGGACUUCCUGUGGAGGGACAAGUUCAAGAGGGAGUGCGAGGAGAUCGAAACCAUGGAGAACCUCAACCGGGUUCUGCUGGAGAACGUCUUACCCGCCCACGUCGCCGAACACUUCCUGGGACGCAACUGGAAGAAUGAGGACCUUUAUCAUCAGUCGUACGAGUCGGUGUGUGUGAUGUUCGCCUCCAUCCCAGACUUCAAAGAGUUUUACACCGAGUCUGAUGUCAAUAAGGAAGGACUGGAGUGCCUCCGUCUUCUCAACGAGAUCAUAGCAGACUUUGAUGAGCUGCUGUCCAAACCUAAGUUCAGCGGAGUGGAGAAGAUAAAGACCAUCGGUAGCACAUACAUGGCUGCAACUGGACUCAAUGUGACCCCGGGCCCAGAGUGCGCACAGGAACAUGACAGACAGUACAUGCACAUCGGCACCAUGGUGGAGUUUGCCUUUGCUCUGGUUGGGAAGCUAGACGUCAUCAACAAACACUCCUUCAACGACUUCAGACUCAGAAUUGGCAUAAAUCACGGGCCGGUGAUUGCAGGCGUUAUUGGGGCGCAAAAACCUCAGUAUGACAUCUGGGGAAACAGUGUGAAUGUGGCUAGUAGGAUGGAGACCACUGGGGUACUGGGUAAAAUACAGGUGACAGAGGAGACGAGUGGCAUCUUAUCCACACUAGGGUACAUGUGUUCAUGUCGCGGCAUCAUCAACGUGAAGGGCAAAGGAGAGCUGAAGACCUACUUUGUUCACACAGAGAUGACCCGAUCUCUGUCACAAGGGACUGUGAUGCCUUGAUUGUUACACACUUAACCCACCAAACAGACUUGACACCACCAGUCAUACACGCGCACACACAAACAUACACACACAAAGUGGCCAUAAAGGUGAUUUGUCAUGCUCCGUAACUAAAGCUCAUUACCAGAAGCCAGCAGUACGAUGGAUAGACAGUAGUCGAGAACCACUUUUGUCCUUAGCAACAUAAUGUAGAGCAGGGCCGAGGUGCACCGCCACUGUCCUUCAACGCUGCACUUUGGAUGGUUUUUCACAUCUCAAGUGUGACAAAGACGUCGCUCCGAGGAGUCUCUUCACCGUCUAAAGGAGUGCCUGACUAAAGAGAGGUUUGCUAAAUUAGUGCAGCUCUCAAGGACCGCAGUCACCCAUCUGUACAAUUGUAGUGGUGUGGAGCUAAUCUGAGCUGCCUGCCGAGCUGUGUGUAUGUUUUCUUUUUCUUUUUUUCUAUCUGCCUGGUUGGCACUGUGAGUCGGUUUGUUCCAUUUUAUUCCAAAUGGAUGUUGCAAUAGUUUAUUGUCAUAUAAAGCAGUUGAUGCCAACAAAUUGCCAGCGUGAUGGGUAGUUUGCCAAAACCUGUGAAUUGUAUUUAUAGCUUUAGAGCUGCGUUUGUGUCCCACUGAAGAGAAGGUGGACUCAGGCACAGGAGUCAAGAGGAAAGUAGAGGUUUCUUUUUUUCUUUUUUUUAAAAUUACGAUCCAUCUGGAGCCAAACCAACAGCAAUGUGUGUAAAUGUUCACUGCCAUCCUUUUGU